GCUCGAUAGUCAAUGCAAGUUCAACAAUUAAAACGUGGGAAACAACGAUUUUCUUCUCUAUGGCAAGACAAAAAAGGUCCAACCGUUCUCAACGUGGUUUCCAGGUUUAAAUCGGAUAGAUCAUCCCUUUGCAUCCCGUCCCGUCGUCCAAAGUCUCCAACUUAUCCAUCCAUGCGUACUCACCAUCAACGGCCUGGGGACCGGGGGCACCGGGGGUAUAUUAAAACAAUGUCACUCUCAUUUCCACACUUUUCUCUCCAUCCCUCCCUUCCUCCCACGGUAUAUUUGCAAGAUUACAUUGUCUCUUUCUUUCUCUCAAGCUCAAGCACGCGCCCGUUGGAACGGUUGCCAGUGUCUCAGCUUGGAUCGUUUCGUCGAUCACCACGCCCCCCGCCCAUGUGGAAGAGCGAGGCGAUGGAUCAAUGGUUGUGCGUAUGUCUGGGGCUGGAACCCGCGUGGAGAUGAAGACAAUCUUCUCAGUUCGUAUCGCGUGUCGCGUGUCGAGGCUUCUCGAGGUCACGGCCUACAAGCGAUAGUCGUCCGGCAUCUCGGUUCCACGAGAGAGAGAA